CUCAUUGUAGUGUCAAAAUGUUUGUCUAUCUCGUACUGUUAGUUCUUUCUUUAAGUACACUACCUACUGCUCUCACGAGCGAAGCAGAGUGUCUGUGUGAGUGGGAAGGUGUAAACUACGAGCCUGGAGAACAAAUUCAUAUUCCAGGAGAAUGUGUGGGAGCAUUCUGUGAAGAAGAUGGCAGCGUAUCACAGAUGGCAUGUGGCCUAUUUGAAGUUCCAUACGGAUAUUAUGUUAUUGAAGAAGACACAAGCAAGCCAUAUCCAGAAUGCUGUACCAGGGCGAUUCCUAGAGAAGACAUAUGCGAAGUGGAUGGACAAAUUUACUUUGUAGGAGAUGUGUUUCUGAUUGAAGGGGAAUGCGCACGAUAUACAUGUGAAUGUAACAACACGAUCUCGAUCGUUGAAGAAUGUCCAUCAUAUGACUUGCCGGCCAGUUGGAUAGUAUCACCUGUCGACUACAAUAGCACCUUCCCCUGCUGCUGUGGCUACCCCAUCCCUAACCCAGGUGGCUUCUGCGAGCUGGAUGGCAACUACUAUUUGCCGAACCAGAAGUUUCAGCAGCAAGGGACGUGUGCUGAGAUAACUUGUAUGUGUGAUGGUUCACUGGUGUCAGUAGGGUGCCCUUCAAUUUAUGUAAAUGAAUCUGCUGGCUACGCCCUAACUGAAGAGGACCCCUGUAAGCCUUGGCCCUACUGCUGUCCUAAGGCUAUAUUCUUGGGCUGCAGUGUUGGUAAAAAUAAAUAUCUGCCGGGAGAAUGUUGGCAGCCUGAAGGUGAAUGUGUAGCAUAUACUUGCACAGAACAUUAUAACAUCAGUGAAACCGGGUGUCCCGUGUAUGAAUUACCAGCGAACGGAUCUUUGACUCCGGUCGAUCCCUCGAAGCCUUUCCCGGACUGCUGCGGCGUUCCUGUAACUCCUGCGCCCGAAGCUUGCAAGUGUGAAGUGGACGGUUACUCCUACUGUGCUGGUCAGACCUUCCCGAUCUCGGGCCAAUGUGCUCAAGGAACAUGUAACGACGACUGCAGCUACUCGGUCUUAGGUUGUCCCCUCAUAUUCGUGAACCAGUCCGGCUACCAUUUGACCGAUGAAGACCUCAGCUUGCCUUAUCCUCAUUGCUGCCCUCAAGUCAUAUUCGAUGGAUGCACAUGCAAUGAUGUCGUGUAUAACACGGGCGAGACCUGGCAGGUGCAUGGGGAGUGCGUGGAGUACACCUGCUUAUCGAAUUAUACCAUCUGUAAAACUGAAUGUCCCUGUUACGAAGGAGAGACAUUAACACCUGUGGAUCUUUCCCUCCCUUUCCCACACUGCUGCGGCAAGCCAAUAGACACCAUUACAACUACAACUGAAGAACCUGUGGAAGAGGUAUGCUGUUAUGACGGAGAUGACAGUUAUUACCCUGGUGAUACUUGGAAAUAUAAAGGCAAGUGUGUCAGGGCCAGCUGUACAGACGAAGGAACCAUCAACCAAUUAGAAUGCCCCCGUAUACUACUACCUCUACCAGAUGGCUGCAAAGUGGUAACCGACUCUUCAAAACCGUUCCCCGGGUGUUGCCCAAAAACCGAAUGUCCCCCUACUGAGGAGCCACCAACGGUAUGCACUUGUACGAUUGGAAACCUGACCAUCAUGGAGGGAAAAUCAGCACGUCCUCCUGGCUUGUGCAUGCUGGCUAUCUGUAAAAGUAAUGGCAACUUAGAACUGCUUGACUGUCCCAUGGCUUGGCUUCCUCCUUCAAUGACCUACGGAGAACCGGAUCUUAGCAGGCCUUUCCCGGACUGCUGCCCUAAAGUGGAACACGUCCUGCCACCCAAAUAUGAACCCGUUGGAACUACAAUUUCUCCAAUGUGCUUCCACGAAGGCAAGCAGUACUGUGCGGGGGAUCAAGUUGAAGUAGACGGUCAUUGUGGAUAUUACGAGUGCGAAGGGAACAACGAGUGGGUAGAAAUCAAAUGUCAUGAGGUGUCCGUCCCCGAUGGAUGGACUCUUAGUCCCGAAGAUCUCAGUGAAUCAUUCCCUCGUUGCUGUCCAAAGGCAGUUCCAAUGCGUCAUGAAAACAGUUGGUGGAGAGGGUGUGAUUGGUGGAAGAAAAAUGGAUACGGGGAUAGUGAAGAAUCAAGUGAAGAAGAUCAUAGCGGUCAUGAUGACGAUGAUGACGACGACGAUGAUGAUGACGACGAUAGUGAUGACGAUGAUGACGAUAGUGAUGAAGACAAAUGCGAGGAUUAUGAUUAUAAAAAUGACAAUUAUGGGGGCAAUAACAUUUUCGUAAAGAUUUUCAGCUUUUUAAAUAUUUAAGAAGUAUUGGUGAAACAUUAUAUAUGUAUUUUGAACGUUGAUAGUUUAUUUUAUUAAUCUACAUUUUUUUCAUGACCAUAUUGGAAAUAAGAGUGUAUACAGAGUAUUUAAAUAAUCUUAGAGCGCUGAGAAAUUCAUCCCGCAACAGAGAUAAUUAAAAUUAAUGUUUAAAUACAAUGCAAAAGUCGAAUGUGUGUUUAUUGCAUCAUGAAAGUUGCGUGAUGAGCUACUUCACUGUGAUUCUUUCAAUAAAUUAUGGUUUUAAAAGAUAUUUACAUUAAUUUUUCGAAUAAUUAAAAUAAAUACUGAUAUCAAACAAGUACUUCAUCAGUAUGAAUCACAUAAUGUAAAUAAAUCUAAUGUUUUUGAUUGCA